CACCAAAAUAUUUCUGUAUAUUGUAUAGUUCUUUCUGCGACGGAAGAAAUUGUUUGGUCUAAAUUUUGACAUUAAGGUUUAAGAUGCCUAAAGUAGUAUCUAGGAGUAUUGUUUGCUCUGACACUAAAGAUCAAGAAGAGUAUAACGAAGAUAAGCCUCUAAAUGUAUAUUAUUGUUUAUGUGGUAAUAUGGCUUUAAUAUUGGAUUGCCAACUUGAAAGGCUUCCCGUAAGACCAAGAGAUGGUGCUCAUGUUAUUGAUGGAGCAAAGCAUGCUCACAAGUUGACUUGUGAACAGGAUGAAACUGUAUAUUUGAAAUGGCCUGAAGGAGUUGAAAAGCAGUACCGUAAGAAAUGUAAAAGAUGUGGCCUAACACUUUAUUAUCAGCAUGAGCCAGAGAGUAAUAUUACAUUCAUAAUAAAAGGAGCUGUGUGCAAAGUAAGCGAUGGACCUUCACAAACAAAUGUUUACUCUCAGGUCCCUCAGCCAAAGAAGAUUAUGGUUACUAAGCACACCAAAAACAUGGGAAAAUUCAGUUCUGUUACAGUUUCCACAAUAGAUGAAGAAGAAGAAGAGAUUGAAGCAAGAGAAGUUGCAGAUUCUUAUGCAAACAAUGCUAGAAUAAUAGAAAAACAGUUAGAAAGAAAAGGAAUGAAUAAAAGGAAAUCAUUAGAGCAGGUAUUCUAAUCCUGGAAAUAGUAUUUAGAAUAG